AUGGCGGAGGUCUGCCCUUCCGAGGAGAAGACGGAGCCGUUUACCACGGAGGAGCUCCAAGCUAGGCUGCAGGGGAGCAUUCACGUCGACGAGUUCGACGAUGUGCGCCAGGACACCGUGCCGCUAGAUGCCUUAAUCGUCGAGGAGGACCAUCAUAAACAAGGUAUCCGUAUCCUUGUGCGGCCGCUGACCCGAAACCGUUCGGUGAGCCCCGGGAACGAUAAUGUCCAGUGGCUAGCCUUGCGCGCUGAGGUCGCCGAUCUUCAGCAGUCCAAAUCCAGGGUUCUAGCCGUGACUCAGACGUCUAAAGACAUCAAUUUCUCCAUUAGAAUACCACAAGGCGAUGAGGAGGACCGGCCACCAUUAUGGUCUGAACUAUACUAUAAUCCGUCUGGCGAUGGCUUAAUAUUGUGGAAUAGAUCCGAUGUGCCAAUUAUUCUGACGAGGGUGUCUCCCCCCAUCCCCGAGACUGGCGCGAUCUUUGGUCAAGACAUCAACCCGGGAGGUACCCAGGAGCUGUCGCCAGGCAGCUGGCGAAUUAAUAUUUACACCACCCCCGUCCUCGACUUCAGGAUUCUAGAGAAGCGUCCUGCGACUCUGUUAGUCCCUCGCGAGAGUGCCGAUUCGUCCUCGAACCCCGAUACCAGCCUUAUCAACUCUUUAGGGAAGCGUUCGUUUCUAGCCGAUGCCGACGACGAGGCCAGCAAUGGGACCCCCGAGAAGAGAGCACGGAGGGAAGAGGGUGAGGGAGAACACAGAGAUGACGAGGUCAUCGUGUUUGACGGACAGCUUAUCCUCCCAUUUUCCAACGUGGCAAAUACCAAGGAGGUUGCCGUUUCCAAUGGCCACGCCCUCCUUGAGAUCCAGAAGGACGAGACAGCGUUUAUACCUGGCCGAGGCCUGGACCAGUAUCAGCUGACGAGGCGUGAGCAAAUAGCGGUUACGAGCGCAUCGUCCGUGUUCACAGCCGAACAUUCUCAGGUGCUAGACAGUAUUAUCACGGUCAAAGUACUCAAGACACGCGGGCCUGGAAAUGGCUCCGCGGAUACGCGCCCGCAGGAUACGCAUCGCGACGUGAUCCGACAGGCCGACGUUUGGCUGCGCGAGUACAGGAACCAGGAGGAGCUUCGACACGAAUCCAUCGUGCGCCUAUACGGCGGCGACGCGCGGUAUCUCUCGCUGUAUAUGGAACACGUCGACGGCAAGGACCUAGCGGCCGGUGGAGUCUGGCGCGAGCCUGCGACUGAGCUAUUCAUGGGUGACCGGCAGGACGCCCUGCGCAUCCUGCGCGACAUUACCGGCGCCCUGAAUUUUGUGCACGAGAAGGGUCGCAUCCACAACGACAUUAAGCCGGCCAACAUCCUAUAUUCGCGCGACCGCGGCGCUGUGCUCUGUGACUUCGGCCUCUCGACGUCCACCAAAGACCCGGCCACCAACGGCGGCACCCCUUACUACGUCCCACCGGAGUUUUUCGCACACAAGCUACGCGGCCCCGCCUCCGAUGUCUGGGCCCUGGGUGUCACGAUGCUGUACGUCCUUCGAAAGAUUGCUUUCCCCGAGGCCCGUGGUCGCAAGGGUCACCCGAAACAGUUGUAUUGGAAGAUCGCCGAUCUACAUCGCAGACAUCAUUACGCCAAUAGGCCAUCCUCAGCUGCCGCCCAGAUGCACCAGUGGCUCGCCGAGGUCAACGAGGCCAAGGCGCACCUCAACCCGCGCGACCGCAUCGAAUUCUUGGUCUUACAGAUGCUCACACCCAACCCGGGCAACCGCAUUACGAUGAAAAUAGCCAAGAUUGAGUUGAGCAAGGAGAAGCCGGCCGGGGGAAACGCUGUAGGCCGGGUAAGCGACGCCGGCAAAUCUAAGUAA